CGGGGCCGGACCGGGGAGCCGAGCCGUGAUUGGAGGUGUCCGAGCGACCGCCGCGACGCUGUGCCCCACAGGUCGCCCUCGGGUCACAGAGAAACAGAACGGCUGGAAUCCUUUCGCACCAAGCUCGGACACUUCGCCCGCUGGAGUCGCUCUUUAUCAACCGAGAUGCGUACCUCGCCUGUCCUCACGGGCCGAAAGGCCCCCCAAGCAGGGGAAGGUGGCUGCUGACAGGAACCGCCUGGUCUUUCACCUGACAGGUUGCCUCGAGGUUCCUGUGACUUAGAUCCUGAUUCAGAGAUGGAAGUACCAGGCUCAUCUUCCACCAUCUCUGAGGAGCAGCCUCGGAAGCAAGAGGGGCUGAGCGACACUAGAACAGACUCAGUCAAGCAGAGUCUCAUCUCAUCUGAGGAAUGGCUUCAACUGCAUGGGCUUAAGAGCAACAAAUUGACCUUGAAACAGAUUUUAUCACAGAUUGGAUUCCCACAUUGUGAAGAUUAUGUGAUGUCUCUGGGGAGACUUGUGGCUUCCCGGUAUGCAGAUGGCCUGUUUCCACGGAUCUACACGACGGAAGAUGGCAGAGUGUACAAUCUGACAGCCAAAUCAGAGCUAAUCUCUCAGUAUAUGGAACAUUUAACACAAGCUGUGGAGAGCUACAAGCAGCGGAUGGACUGGCUCACCAGCAACAGCCGGCAGGUCUUUGGCGUCAUCUUGGAGCAGUGCAUCACCAUAGUGCUGGAUUUUGGUGGCAUGCUGGAGGAGGAGCUUAGUCUGUGCCGAGAUGCUCUAACCAUGGUCCUCCAGGAGCAAGUGGCUCACAUAGCCAAGUUCAAUGUCAUAUGGGUUUCUCAAGAGCCUGUGAAAUGGCAGGAAAACGCUGUUCCUGUGACAGCACGAUCCAUAGCCGCCGCCAUCAGCUGGGUAGCGAAGUUGCCUUUUGAGCUGGCUUCGAGCCACACCAGCCGCCUGGAGGCUCUGCUGGAGGCGGGGAAGGAUGAAGUGAUUGAAUCCAUUUACUACUUUGUGGUGGGAGACAUUCCUGAGGAAUCCAAGGAGCUUCUCCUUCAGCAGGCUUUGGAGAUCCCCUGUCCUGUCUGCACGGUGUCCUUCAAUGCCAGAGGACAGGGCACCAUAGCCUUCCUGAAGGAUUUGAGUGCCAAGACCUUCAGCAGAUUCCAUGCAUUUGCAGAGAGAACAGAGUGUGUAGAAUUUCCUGCCUUUCCCAUUAAGGAUGGUGACAGUGUGAUUACUUGGAAUUCAAGGAAACUGAAAGGAAAACUCCCUCCAGGAGCUGGGGUCAGAGAAGAUGUGUUUCUCAUCUGGAGGGAGAUGGAGGAAGCUGGCAGCACAUUGGCCCAGAUCCGGAGGCUGGUGGCCGAGACUCCCAAGACCAGCGUGGCCACAACAGAUCGUGGAGCACAUGAGUCAAAUCCAGAGGACACCUGGGACUCAGAGAAGUGGCUUCAGAAAUAUGGUUUGAAAGCCCAGAAGCUGUCAUUUUACAAUGUCAUUGCUGACUGCUCCUUCCGCCACGCUGAUGGAGUUGUUGAUAUAAAAUCCAAACCAGAGAACGAGUCGGUGCAGACCAGUGCGGAGACCAACAAGAAGACAGUCCAUGCGAAAUACUGCAGCAGAUUCGUCCACGCUCCCUGGAAGGAUGGGAGCUUGGUCCACGUCUGCAUCACCAAGGAGAAGUACACGUGGUUUAGUGAAAGAAUGCACGCAGUCCUGGCCCAGAUCCAGAGGAGGAUUAAAUGGUUACAGGAUGGGAGUCAAGGCCUCUUUGGAAAAGUGCCUAGUGAUUGUGUCUACAUUCUCAUUGACACGUCUCACUCAAUGACAGGGAAACUGGACCUGGUGAAGAACAAGGUCAUCCAGCUCAUACAGGAACAGUUGAAACAUAAAAAGAAAUUCAAUUUUGUGCAGUUUGAUGCUCAAGCCAGUGCUUGGCAGGAAAAACUUGUUGAAAUCAAUGAGGAUAAUCUGAAAGGGGCCCAGGCCUGGAUUAGAGACAUUAAGAUUGGAAGUUCCACAAACACCCUGAGUGCCCUGCAAAUUGCUUUUGCUGAUGAAGAAACACAAGUAAUCUACCUUUUGACAGAUGGGAGACCUGAUCAGUCACCUGAAAUGGUUAUGGACCAGGUCAAAGUUUUUCAGAGAAUUCCUAUUUACACCAUCUCCUUCUGUUACAAUGAUGAGAUUGCAAAUGGAUUUUUGAAAGACCUUGCUUCUUUGACUGGAGGAGAGUUUCAUUCUUAUAAUUUUGGCUGCAAGGAUCCCUAUACUCCAGAGGCUGUUCAGAAUGAAGAUCUGACUCUUUUAAUUAAGGAAAUGGAGCAAGGACGCAAUGACCUAGAGAAGGUGCAAGACCUUUACUCAGAGACAUUGGUCAUGGACUGGUGGUACAAUGCAGAAAAGGAUGGAGACAAGCAUCAAAAGGAGAUUUGUUCCAUGGUUUCAACCCCAGAAAAGUGUGCAAAACCUCACACUGAUGUCAAAUCAUCACGAAUGCUGAAAAUACCAGAGGACCCAUCAAGUCAAAAGAUUCAGAGAAAGAAAGCGCUCCAUGCAGAACCAACCAAAACCAGCCUGCUCAGAAGCCAGCUGUCCACCCUCAGGAGCUCAGCCUGCAGUGAGAGGAGGGACAGGCUUUCCAGUUCUAGCAGCUGGAACACGCCAAGUGACAGGGAAAUAGGCAUCCUGCUGACAAAUGAGUUUCCAGAUGACAAGUCAUUAGAAAGAUUGACUCGAGAAGGAAGCCAAGUUUAUGACCAAGAUUCUGCAGGAAUAUCUUCAGCAACCUGGCUCAAGAUCCACGGCUUGGCAGCCAAGAAGCUCACCAUCAUGGAUGCUUUGUCCAUGGCUGCCAUUCCUCACAGCUCCACCUACGUCCCUGUUCUGGACAAGCACGUUGUUUCCAAAGUCUUUGAUGAGGUGUUCCCUCUGGCACAUGUGUGCAACGACACAAAUAAGAUGACUUUAAUUAACCCCCAAGGAGUGAAGCUCAAUAUCUACAAGCAAAAAGUGGAACAGGCAAUUAAGUCCUAUGAAAAGCGCUUGAAUAAAAUUGUUUGGCGAGCAUUAUCUCCAGAGGAAAAAAAAAAGUUAGAUGCAAACAAACCAAUGCAGUACUUAGAAAACAAGGCAGCUUUGAACGAGGCAUUAGAAAGGUUGAAUUGGCCCAUUUCAUUGAAGGAGCUGUCCAUGCUGGAGAAUGAAAUCCUAGCUGGGAAAAUGUACGUGCAGCAGGCCAUGGAGCUCCAAGAGGCUGUCAAGAAGGAGAAUUAUGGAAGCAAAGCACUCGAAGAGCAACAGAAAAUUCAAGGAACUCCAACAAAGAAAAACAAAUCAAAAAAAUUGGAUCCACUCAAAGGCCAGAAGGUUAUUGCAAGAUGUGAUGAAAAUGGCUUUUAUUUUCCAGGAGUUGUGAAGAGGUGUGUGAACCCCACCCAUGCACUCGUGGGCUUCAGGUAUGGAGACACCAAGGUUGUGCCCAUCCCGUUCAUCACGCCGGUGGGGGGCGCCAUGCCCUGCCCACUGCUCCAGAUUGGAGAUUAUGUGUUUGCCAAAAUUGUGAUCCCCAAAGGAUUUGACUUCUAUGUCCCCGCCAUUGUUAUUGCACUUCCAAAUCAAGAUAUGGCUGACGAUAAAUUCUACACAGUUUUAAAGUGUAACAACCGGAGAGAAUUUUGCCCUCGGAGUGCACUCAUUAAGAUCAGCCAAAACAAAUAUGCUCUCUCUUGCUCUCAUAUUAACUCACCCCCAAUUCAGGAGGAUUCAAAAGCGGAAGAUAUGGACACAAAGAACUCUUCUCUCCUAGUAUGGCCAAUCCGAGAAGUUAACACAGGGGAUUUACAAGCUACAAAACAGGAGAACCCUAGAAGGAAGAAAAAGAAAGCCAGCAAGAGGCUACCUCUCCAGGAGGUGGUCUCCUCAGAUUCAGAUGACUCUUCCCGUGGCAACAGGUCCCGAGACUCCCACCCUAAGAGACACCCUAAGCCCAAGCUGGGAGGGGGACAUCAUGUCUCCCAGGAACACCCUGAAGUCUCUCUCAAGGAUAGCACAUGUGAGCUCACACCCCAGUUUCCGGGUCAGUGUAGGCCCCAGCACAGCAAAAACUCAAACACCCUUAAGUAAUGCUGACAUCACUUCCCCAGAGAAUGUCCUCAGCCUGGGGUCUAGGAGUCAACCAGCCAUGCCAUCGCUGCCACACCCACACCGGGAAAAGCCCCGCCCUGCCCUCAUCAAGCGACCCACAGCCGAGGGCUGAGUGGCACCACUGAGAAACCUGAAAGCAGCCUAGCGCCAUCCAUGUUCACGAGCACCAGCGGCCCUUCAGGGCUGCCCUCAGCCGCCCGGCACUGCGGACCUAGCCCCUCUGCUGAGUCUGUUGUAGGCACUUCUAAUUGAGCGUGGAGCCAGAAUAAAGACUCUUACCUUGGAAACACUUCAAAACGAUUGGGCUGUUUGUUACU